GACGGGAAUAAUUGGAGAAAUCCAAUUGUCUACCCAAUUUCUUUAUAUUAUACAAAGAUAUUAUACAAAGAUUACAUAGUACUCCCUGCGUCCCAAUAAAUUCUUCCUAGUUUGACUUGACUUAAGCCGAGAUAAUAAUAAUAAUAACUUAAAUAACAAUAAUGAUAAUAGUAGUAAUAAUAAUAAUAAUAAUAAUAAAGCAAUGAAUAUUAGAUGAGUUUAUCAUCUGCGCCGGGAACCUUAGUCGGAAAUGAAGAAGUCGAUAAGACAACGUCGGGAGGUCCACUAAAGAAGGAGGCCAGCCUGGAUCACAAAGUUGCAAGUGAGGCCCAGCCUAAUACUGUCAAUGCGCACAGAGAUGCAGAGAAAACACUCGACCCAAGUACCUCAUCCGGAUCAUGGGCUGAUAUACUCCGGGGUGACAAGGUUAAAACAACAUGGGCCCAAACUCCAACUCUCUCCAACGGAAGAACCAAUCCAAUAGCUGAUAAGAUUAUUGUGACUAAUGAAAUUAUUACCUCUUAUGCAGAUAUCCCGUCACAACCUGCUGCUAUUGUAGAGGGCUCUGAAAAUUUUCAUUUCUUCGGUCAACAAGGAUUUGACCGAAUCAGAAUCAAAUUAAUUUUGGAAUCAGAAAUGGUGAAAUUGUAAUUUUGGAAAUCAAGAAGUCUCAGUUGCACAAGCUUAGUUUCAACCUAGAAUUGGCUCCUCUAAUCAUUCGCUAUAUUUAUCAGUUCUCAGGAACCGAACUUUUCUACCGGCAACUAAGAAAAUUUGGGCCUAUCUCGGUCUCUUCAAAUUCUAAUGAAGCUGGUAGCUUCGUAAAGAUUGCCAAAGAAAAAGGAAAUCAAGCUUGCUCCAAUUCAUGGCGGUCUUUUCUAAUAUCGUGGGAGUCUCAGGUUUAGUACAGGAGGAACCGAUGCACCAACUAUCAGAAAUCACGUCGAUCACACAGGAACCAACAUCAAUCUCUAAGCUUAUUUUUGAUUGUCAAAUCCAGGAAGCAUACUCAGAGAAAAAAUGCUCUCCAAUUCCAAGUGAACAACACAGACUGGUGCAGGCAUAUUCAGAUGCUUCAUAUAACUUUUACCAAUCAGACGAUUCUUUUUACAUGGACGACUUUCUUGGACAUGCAACUGAAAGCGAUCGUCGUCCCUCUAUCUCAACUCCAGCAGAAAUUGCGAAAUCAAAAUUCAACAACGCGAUUUGCAAAAAAUCAAAAUUGAUUACUUCAGAAAAUUGCCUGUCGACUGACAAUUUGAACACGCAAAUCAAAAUCUACAGGAAAAUCACAAAAGAAUAAGCGGCGGCACAACAUGAAGACUAGAUCUCAGUCUAGAGAAUUUCCUUGGGUGUAAUCUUAGACUUUACUUUUUCCGUACUGUUUUAUUUUGUUCUUUUAUUUCCAUUUCAGAUUGUACUGUUUUAUUUUCUUCAAUAAAAUAAACUUUUUCCAAAAAAAAAAAAAUAGAUGAG